AUGGCGGAUGGAAAGGAGGAUGAAGAAGAUUCGAAUAAGAGUCUCAGUGAAUCCCUUCUGGAACAAAUGAAGAAACUCAUGAGGGAAGAGUUUGAACGGAGGGAACAAAUUAAAGCAGGCAAGCGCAAGGAGUCUAGAGAUCACAUCCAUAUCUCGGAUGAGGAGGGGAGGAACGACCCUAUGGCCUCAAGAAGGAUGGCCGAUGAGCAAGCCAAUGCUUACUACAACAGUGGCCAUUCCUCUCAAGGAAGCAGGCGCCGCUCUAGAAGGCAUCGCGAUGAUCCAGAAAAUCUUGGAGGUUACAAGAUCCGGAUUCCCCCUUUCCAUGGCAACAAUAAUCCUGAUGAGUACAUGGACUGGGAGAAGAAGUGUGAGUUCAACUUCAACUUACACAACAUAUCCAACAUCAACAGAGUCAAACUGGCGGUCUCUGAGUUCAAUGACUAUGCCCUAAGGUGGUGGGAACAAAUCGUGACCGCAAGAGAGAUUGGUGGAGCUCUUGAGGUCUCUACCUGGGAAGAGAUGACAAGAAUCAUGAGGCAAAGGUUCAUACCUAGCUACUAUCAGAGAGAGCUACAUUCCAAGCUCAGGAGGCUCACUCAAGGGUCCAAAACAGUUGAAGAGUACUUCCAGGAGAUGGAAGUAAUGUUACUAAGGGCUAAUGUGGUUGAGGACAGAGAAGCCACUAUGUCCAGGUUCCUUGGAGGGCUCAACCGCGAGAUCCAAGAUAUUGUGGAGAUGCAGAAUUGUGUGGGCUUGGAGUCUAUGCUACACAAAGCAGUUCUGGCCGAAACCCAACUCAAAAGGAGAGCGCCAACUCGGAAUGGAACUGAUCAGCGCCGGCCUGUCUAUGCCAGAGACUCCAAACCGAUCUUUACACCAAAGUCUGAGCCCAGAGGAGUCCCUUACAACCAAGACAAGGACAAGAACAAGUCCAGUGCCACUCCUGCCCCCAGAGCCCGCGCGCUUAAGUGCUUCAGAUGCCAGGGCUUUGGACAUUAUGCCAAUGAAUGCCGCAACAAGAAGAUCAUAUUCAUAAGAGACAAUGGAGAAGUGGAGUCUGAGGAAGAAGCUCUGGAGCCAGACCAAGAGCCAGAACCAAAGGAGUAUGAGGCUGUGCCUGUCAUGGGCAAGCUUCUGGUGGCCAGAAGACUCUUGAGCGCUCAAGUCCAAACACACAAGGAUGAGCAAAGAGAAAAUCUAUUCCAUUCUCCCUGUCUUGUCCAGGAGAAGGUUUGCAGCUUAAUCAUUGAUGGAGGCAGUUGCACUAAUGUGGCUAGUGAGGCCAUGGUUGAGAAACUUGGUCUUGUGACUCAGAAACAUCCUAAGCCAUAUCAACUACAGUGGAUCAAUGAGACUGGAGAUAUGAGUGUGAAGGAGCAGGUGGUCGUGCCACUAUCUAUAGGAAGCUAUGAAGAUGAGAUUUAG